AUGCGAAGAAACGAGGGAACAGAAAACAUUGUAGCACUCAAACUUGGAGGAGAUUCAAAAUUGCAUUGUAUCACACGCGGAGAACUUUUAAGGCUGGUCAAGUUAAGGUUCCUCGAAUUGGAUGGAGGAAACUUUGUUGGGGACUUCCAGGAUCUCCUCUCGGAGAUAAGAUGGCUUUCUUGGCAUCAUUGUCCUUUGGAGUUUCAAGGAACUAACUUCUCUCCGAGCAAUCUAGUCGUCCUCAAAAUUUCAAGAAGUGACGUCACAAAUGAUUGGGGUGGUUGGAGCCAAAUCAUGGAAAAAAGUAGGUUAAAAGUUCUGAAUCUCAGAUGUUGCAGGAGCUUGACCAAGACCCCGGAUUUCUCUACUUGCCUGACUUUGGAGAGACUGAUUUUGAAGGAUUGUGAAAGCUUGGUAGAAAUCGACCCAUCCAUUGGUAUGCUGCAGAACUUGAAACACUUGGAAAUUAAUGGGUGUAACGGUUUGAGGAUGCUUGAAAGAGCUUCAACCGAGCAAAAUCUAUGCUCGUUACCCCAAUUUUUGCCAAACUCACUGGGUAAUCUGAAGUACCUAUCGACCCUAAGAAUGGAAAAUAUGGAACUUCUUGAGCUUCCAGAAUCUAUAGGAGAUCUAACAGGUCUGCAAUGUUUGUCUCUGAGUCACUCUUCUGUUAUUGAUCUUCCAAGCUCAAUUGGGAAACUAAGGUCUCUAGUUGAGUUGACUUUGUCUCACACGAAAGUUACAGAAUUACCCGAGUCGAUCGGAGAGCUCAAGAGACUGGAGGUACUAUUGAUGCCAGGUUGUAAGUUAAGGAAGCUUCCUAAGGCAAUAGGUAUGUUGGAGAAGCUUAAAGAGUUGGUCGCUUAUGAUUGUGAACUUUUGGAGGGAGAAGUCCCGAGCGAAAUCGGGGCAGUGUCAUCUUUGAGAAUCCUAGACUUGGGAGGGACUCGUAUUUGCAAAUUGCCAACAUCUAUCAAUCAGCUUCAUCAACUUGAGAGUCUGCAUCUGUUUCCUUGCCAUGAGCUUCCAAAGCUGCCAGAGCUUCCUGCAAAUUUGAACACAUUAAACUUUAAGUCCGCAACACUGGGAACGAUUCCGAACGUCUCGAACCUGACCAAUUUAGUCGCUCUAAGUUUAUCUGAUUAUGGCCGUCCUAGAUUUGUUGCACCUUCAAAAGAGUUCGGCCCACAUCACGAACCGGAUGCUAGUCAAACACCAGAUUUGCGGUGGAUUGGGAGGCUACGCAAGUUAAAGAGGUUGAAAUUGGAACUUUCUGAUGUGACCAUGUUGCCUGCUGAGGUUAAUUCCCUUACUGGGCUCCAACGACUCGACUUACCUUGGUCCACCUUUCUAUCUCACACGCAGUAUCCAUCCAAUCUUCAGAGGUUGAAUCUCAUCGGUUUUGAGUCCACGGUGGAAUGGUCACGGGAUCACAACUUCAAGAAUUUGUCCAGCUUCGAGUUCUGCAGAUCUAGUUUAACUGACAUCCCGCUGAAUAGGCUUGGACAAUUUGAGAACCUUACUGAAUUGUACGUGACGGACUGUCGACUUCUCGAGAGCUUGUCCAAUAUAUCGAGCUUGAGAAAGCUCCGGCGUUUGUGGAUUACAAAUUGCCCGCGGUUAGUUGAGAUUCGAGGCCUUGGCCAGUCGGGAUCACUGGAGGAUUUGCAUAUAGAUGGUUGUGUCUCCUUAAGGGAGUUACCAGAUCUGUCGAACUUACCAAACCUGAUGACAUUGGAUUUCUCUGGUUGCAAAUCUUUGGCGAAUUUGCCUCCCGUGGCAAAUGAGGAAGCAUGCCGUGUGACUAUUCAUUCCUGCGGGAUGCUACGUGAUUUCGAUGGCCCUUAUCAGCUUCACUAG